UGGAUCUUACAUUGAAAAUGGCGCAUGUUUUGAAGCUUGGACAAGUCUAAACUCGCUUGGUGAUGCGUGUGUGUUAAACGCUCUCUAUGUAUUAUAACAAAUCAUACUAGAUAUUUAAAAAGCAAUCUCCACACACAUCGUAAAUUAAUGUAAUAAUACGAUACCUAAAAUAACAUUAAAUAUUGUCACGAAAUUUGUUGCCUAAUCACAAAACGUCAAUAACUAGCAUUAUCGCCCUUUCGUCUUUGUUGAUGUUGUGAUACUGGCAUACUGCAUGAUAUUAUAUAAUUUUAUUUGUCAUUUAAUGAAUUCAAUUAAUUUUUUGUUAUCAAUAUUUGAAGAAAUUUCGGCCAUCUGUCAAACAAUAUCGGAAGGUCAUUAAUUAAUUAGUUGUGCGGGAUUUUUUUUUACCCUCCAGAGUGUGGCGUGCAUGGACCUGUAUUUUGUAUGACACAGUUCCCAAGGAAAACAGUAUGUCAGACGAGGACAGUAGGGAUUAAAACGACAUCUUGUAGAGAUCAGAGGCUGACACGAAAAUGUAGAUUUGUAAUUUAGAAAUAGUGAGCUAUUGGUUGGAUUAAUGUGGUGCAUCUAGAAGAUUUUACAGACUGAAUUAACCUCAGUGUAGAAAAAUGGAUGACAGAAUAUAUAGAAUAAAUGACAAUCUUCAGGGUACCACCAGAAAUCUGCGUUCUUUGGAUCACAUGCUGGAUGACUACAGAGAUGUGACUAGGGAUCAGCGCAGUGCUGUGGACAGACUGAGGGAGGAUGUGGCCAGAACUCGGACACAGUUACACGAGGAAAGACUCCGAAGUCCCGCUCACAGGCAUUACGAGAGUGACAGUGAAUAUGAGAGUUCACCCUCCCCCAGUAGACGAAGACGUCGCACCAGGCGGUCAACUGUCAGGUUUGCAGACGACAUGAACAGAGAACUCCACGAUCUUAACAGUUCACUACGAGACUUAUCCACGGACCAGUUUGAACUCAGGGGUCAUCUCAACAGGGAGAUGGAUAGGAGAGACAAGUAUGAUGCCGAUACAAGAAAAACAAUGAGAGAAAUUUCGGAAAACUUGAAGAGACUACCACAAACAGACCCAGUUGCGAUGAGGGUGGAGAGUCGUCUAGCCUCCAUUCAGGACGAGAUGAGGGCUGACAGACACUUAGGUAGUCGUUAUGAUGAGUUAGCCAAUCUGUCCUCUGACCUUCGACAUGCUUUGCGUGAGCACCACCACAUUCAACAAACAACAGCAGAUGAAAGGAUACGUAAUCAAUAUAUACAAGCUGAGGCCCAGAAACACAGGAUUGAGUCUGACCUGGAUGUGUUGAAGAGAAAACUGGACCAAAGUGAAGGUGGAAAAACAGCUCUUCAAAACCAGGUGGAAGAUUUAAGGAAUCAAUUGAAUCGUAUGGAGCAGGAGAGAGCUCGUGUCAAAUUACAGAUGGAAGAAAAGCGAUAUGAGGAAGAACUCAGAGAAAGACGCAAAAGAAGAACAGUGGAGGAAGAUAAGGAUAGAGAGAGAAAAGCAAUGGAAAGAGAAAUCUCCGAUCUGAGGGGUCAGCUCUCUCAUGCUAUUAGUGCUAGCGGAGAGGUGGAGGAACUCCGACGUGGAAUAGAGCGUAGUGAAAGACAGAGGGCCCAGUUAUCAGAUCAUAUUGAGACACUAACAAAAGACUUAGACAAUAGGGAAAAACAGACCGCCAAACUAAUUACUCAACUGAAGGAGGUGUCGGAUAAACGUGAUGAAUCCGAGAGACAGAAGGGUCAGCUGAUAGCUCAGUUUGACGACACAGCUCAGAGGUUUAAGGACUGUAACAAGGAGUUAGAAAGGGCGUCUACUGAAUUAAGGAACACACAGCAAACUCUGCAAGAAACCGAGAGGAAGAGAGAUGAGUUCAAAGGUCGGGCACAGGAGACAGUCAGACAGUGGAAGUUGAAGGUGAAGCAGCUGGAGCGUGAAGUGGACAGACAUAAACAUGGUGCUAAUCAGCUGAUGCAGAGAAACGAACAGCUGGUGAAAGAGGUGGAGGGACAUCGACAGAAUCUCCAUCACACGGGGAUACAGAUGGAGAACAUGAAGAGGGAGUUGGGAGACGCCCUGGCUGUGAGGGCAGCUCAAGAUGAACAGCUUCGUUUGAAAGAUGUAGAGAUCAAUGAACUGAAAUCUGUCAGGAUGGACUUGGACCGGGAACUCAGGGACGUCCGCACCGUGGCUGACCGGCUUGAAAACGAGCUUCACACAGUAUCUCAUCGAUUGACACAAGUAACCGACGACAAAAAUAAAAUUGAGGAUAAACUCUCCUCUAUAGAGGCAGCCCACAUGUUGUCACAGGACCAAGCCAAUCAGCUGCAGCAAGAGUUGAAGGAAUUGAGCGCUGUUAAGGCAGAAAUCGCAGCUAAGUUAUCGGAAUCAAACGGCAAAAUCCAUGAUAUGAGGCAAAACUUUAUGGAACUUCAGCAUCGAGAAAAGGCAGCACGUGAGGAAUCAAAAAUGUACCAAAGGCAACUUAACGAUGAGAGAGAAAAUCAUCACGUGUCUCUGGAGGCUUUGAAGCGUGAAUUGAACGAAGCCAAGGUGAGAGAGGCUCAUGUGAUGCAAGAUAUUCAAAGAAAAAUGAAGAGAAGUCAUGCUGAGUAUGAAGCCACCAUUCAGGCACUAAAGAUGGAACUCUCUGAGGAGAAGUCGUCACAUAAAAUCUCAAAACGCAAUGAAGAAAAAUUUCGACAAGAGAUUGACAGAUUAGCACAGGAGAUUGCUAGGAGUGAGGAAGAUAACCAGAAACUGUCGAGAAGACUGGAGAUGACCAGAGAAGAAUUUGAGACACAGGAAAAGCGUGCCCGAAGCAGGUCUCCUAGACCAUGCAUAAAGUUGCAGCGAAAGAAACCUACUCAAAUGGCUGAAACAGAUUUAUCAAGGGUUAAAAAUGUUGAAGAUGAACUUCUGAAGGCCAGAAAUGACUGCAAGAGGUUCCAGGCCAACUUUGAGGGGCUCAUCCAUGAGAUGGUUGCCGAGGUUGAUGCACUGAUGGACAUCGCAGCCUCCUGUUCUAAAGAAAAGCAAAAGACAGUGGCAUCAUGUAAAGGGACGUCAAAUGGACCCUCCACUGCUCUCCAAGAAAUUAAGGCCAAAAUGAAGUGGUUAAGAGGAGAAAUUAGAGACCGGAUAAAAUUGGAGCAAGCCUUAAAAAAAGAUUUGCAGGAGGCUUUGUCAUGUAACGAAACAGAUCGUCAAUUCCUCAUAACAGAAAUCUCCAAGCGUGAUGGUGUAAUGGACGAACUCUCAGUAGUCAAGCACGAAUUAAGUCACAGGGAAGCAGAAAACUUUCACUGUGUUGAGAAAUUGCAGACUCAGAUUUUAGAUUUAACAGAUGAACUUGAACUCCGUAAAAUCCGAGAGGAUGAGCUACUGAGACAGCAAGCCAUGGACAACAAACAUGUGAUAGAAGAAAUCGAAGAACUGAGAGAUGUACAGGAGGAGAAGGCCAGAAUUGAACAGCGAUACGUCAAAUUACAAGACACCAUGAGAGCAUUACAGAGCGAACUCAAAUCCGUAAAUUUCUACGGUGACAAGAUUGAAGAGAUCGAGAAAAACAUGUUUAAUCUACGAAAAUCUCCACGAAGGAAAAACCAUGUUCGAAUUCAGGAAGGACCAAGUUUACGAUCUAGAUCCCGUUCACGAUCCAAAAGCCCUGGAAGGCGGAUUCCACAUUCAUAGUGCCCAUCUCUAGACUCUAGUCCAUCUCUGUAUUUCUGUGGAGCCAGACCCACAUUAUUUUUGUAAAACCUCCUUCUAUGCCAGUUUUGAUUAUGUGAAGGAGAGAAAGCAUAUUUCAUUUUGAAUCAUCAGUUGAUGAGGUACAUUUGUAUGUACAGAGCUUAAUGUUGAGUUGAUGAGGUACAUUUGUAUGUACAGAGCUUAAUGUUGAGUUAAUGAGGUACAUUUGUAUGUACAGAGCUUGAUGUUGAGCUGAUGAGGUACAUUUGUAUGUACAGAGCUUGAUGACAUUUAGAUCUAACAUGCUGUUUAGUGUUGUUUUGUAAAUACUUCAUGUAUAUUUAUUGUUAAUAGUUCACAAGGGAGAUAACUGUUGUACAUAGAGUUAGAUGUAGAGGGAUAGUAUUAUGUAAAUACCUCCGUGUAUCUUGCGUUUAAAACACGCACAUUGUCUCUGAUUUAUGUUACACAUGUACAACUUUGUAAAUCCAGGAAAUCAACAAGGCAAUAAAUCGUUUUGAUUAAUUUUGAAUGGGAGCUGAGUAGCGCUGUAUUUCUUCAGUUCUUUUAAAAAUUACUAAAUCCUAUUUUUACCUGUACCAUUGCAAAGAUAUGUACAUGUCUUAUGCAUUAAAAAUUGUAUAUUUACAGAGCAAAGGCAAUGUUUUGUGCAUGUACUUAAAAAAGAAAUGUGUCUGUGAUAAUUGCAUUUAUUUUACAUGUUUGUACAGUAACAUACAAAUUAUUCAUGCUGUGAGAAUUGAUGUUGUGGUUUCCUCUGGACUGUAUGUUGCCUUUAUUUACAUACUGUAUUGAGUAAAACCAUUCCUUUGUAUCUUCAUACAGUUUUACAAAUCCAUUGUAAAUACACACAUAUCCAAGAUGUAGCAAGAUGAAUUCCAUUUUAAAAAAGUUUUUAUUUUUAAUUCUUUUUUACCAAUAUAAUACAUUCCUUUUUAAUUUUAUAGCAUGUUUCUGCAAGUACAUUUCUAGAUCUGAUUUUUGUAUGGUUAGAUUUGAAACUCUUACACAAUUAAAAUCUUUAUAUUUGUAUUUAUUUUAUGGAUAUUAUAUUUUCAUAUACAUGUACAUUGUACUCUUAUAAUAGAUGUUGCCCACACAAAGCAUUUUUGUAAUGCAUUACUAAGUAUAUAAAGUCCAAGAUUGCAUUAUAGAUAAUCAUUAGGUUUUAUUUGUACUAUAGUAGGUGAUUUUUUACUUCUAUAAAUUUUGAGGUAAUAUUUAAUAUGGGAACACAGGGACAAACAAUAAUGUAAGGGUAAAAGAUAUUGUUUCAAGCAUAACUGUCUCGGGAUUUUGUUUAUUUUUUAUUCUAGUUCAAGUUUUAAACUUUGACAAUUUAUAGUAGUACCUGUUUGUACCAAACACCAUUAUACUGAACAUCUGGUUAUUACAAACUCAAAUUCAUUCUCUAUACAUACAAAGGCUACAGCACAUUGACAGUCCUCGAAGGAUCGUCGUAACGGUGUCUCGCUAUGUUGGGGAAUUUUGGGUAUUUUAUUCAGCAAUUCCGACACCCAAAAUGCACCUCGUUAAGGAAAGGUUUAUAAAAUUUGCAACUGAAGUUUUGCUGUAAUAUUUACAUGUACAUUGUAUGUUUACAUGUUUUAUCAGCAGAAGGUUGUGGUACACUAUACUGUCAAGUGUAGGGUGAGAGCAGUGUGCGGAAGUGAUUUGUGAUAAUUAUUUACUUUGAAAAAUCAAAUUCCAUAUUGUCAGUUAUUUAUUUAUUUAUAAAUAAAAUGACACAGAAGUCCA